AAAUAUCAUAUUAAGCAUAAAUAAAAUGUGAUAAGCAAUAGGUUAUAAGUAUUAAGAACGCUUUUUAAUUAUUAACUUUUAUUAGAACAAUUAUAUUGUUUCUUAUUAUCUAUUAAAAUCGUUUUGAAUCUGAUAUAUGUGUUUAUAUUAAACUUAUUUCUCUGCCUUCAAAAUGGGCAUAUUUGGUAAAUCUACCACAGUCGACCCUAAAGAUCAAGUAAAACAGUGGACUUCAACUAUUCGAAAAGAAGGAUACAAGUUAGAUAGACAAAUAAGAGGUAUAGAAAGAGAAGAAGCCAAAGUUAAACAAUCACUUAAAGAAGCUGCAAAGAAAGGUAACAAAGAUGUUUGUAUUAUACUUGCCAAAGAAGUAAUAAGAUCUCGAAAAACAAUUAACAAGAUAAUUACAUCUAAAACUCAUCUUAAUUCUAUUCAAAUGCAAAUGAAAAAUCAGCUAUCUGUACUGAGAAUGGCUGGCUCUUUGCAAAAGUCUACAGAAGUCAUGCAAACUAUGCAUAGUUUAAUAAAAGUACCAGAAGUAGCUGCUACUAUGAGAGAUUUAUCAAAGGAAAUGAUGAAGGCAGGCAUUAUCGAAGAAAUGUUAGAUGAUACAAUGGAAAGUGUUAUGGAUGACCCUGAAGAUAUGGAAGAGGAGGCACAAUCAGAAAUAGAUAAGGUUUUAUGGGAAAUCACUGCAGGUGCGUUAGGUCAAGCACCUAUGGCUGUUACUGAAACACCUGGUGGAUCUGUUCAGCAACAAAUAAUAACAGAAUCUAUUGAAGAAGAUGAUGAUUUGGAAGAUAUGAAAAGUCGUUUAGAAGCAUUAAAAAGUUAAGAACUUUUAAAAGAUAAGAUUUUGUCUACUUUCCUAAGUCAAUGCUUAAUAUAAUUAUAAUAUUGUUGACUAUUAUAAAUUAAAUUAUGGAUAUUAUUUUUUUAAAUAUUUAUUUUACUAAAAGUUUAGCUUUUAUUGUACCAACACAUUUUUAUUUUUUAUAGAAUUUGAUACUUUUGCAAACAUUUAUAUUUUUAAUGUUUUAAAAAGUUAUCCAGUAUUAAGUAAUUCUAAGAUGCUUAAUAUUUAGCUUACAGCAAUAGAAAAUCUUAUUCAAUUGCAAUAUUGUAUAUUGGCAUUAUAUUGAUAUCAAAAUAAUUUAAUAUAAUAUCAUAAAUUGCAUGUUUGAGUGUAUAAAUAUACUGAUUUAAUCAGUAUUAUUAGUAACUGAGCAUUUUAUCAGCUACUCAUUGCUUUGAAGCAUAUAUUGUUUUAAAUUAAACAUUAAAUUUCAGUAAAUAUAGAAACUUAAUGAUUUUUUAAUUUUAACAAACUAAUUUUAAAACAUUUACAUAGUAAAUGUAGGUAUACAUUUAAAUUUAUAUUAAU